UUCACCGGAUGUUCCUAAGGAAUAUUGCAGCGCCCGUUGAGUACACUAUCGGACUGUGGAAAAUGUGUGCUUUCUGUGACUGUAAGGUGCAGAUGUACACGUCCGUGGGAAAGUAGGUUUCCAGUUUCCUGAUACUGUGCGUUGCACUUGCGAGCGGCUGUGGCCUGGGUCUUGUUGCUGUGCCUUACCCGUGGACCAUGAUGGAGCAAAGGAGAGCCUUAACUAUUCCAUUUACAGUGGACAAGGAUAAACUGAUGGAAAAUCCACUCAGAAUCCCCAUGACAUGUCUUUCAUCAGAGUAUGGGAAAUUAGAAAGACAGGUUUCCUGGACUGCGUUUGCAGAUUGCAAAUUCAGACAUCGCAAGUCGCCACAUAAAAACGGAUCCACAAAGUUUGAUCACAGCAAUGCAGCUAUGAUGGCACUGGAAAUGGAAAUGGAAAGGAAGAAGCCUCUUCUGGUCCUGAAAGAUGUCCUGAAGACAAAAUUCGGCAUGGAGUAUAUGGAAAGGACAAAAAAGACUCAUAGUGCGAAGAACAGAGGACAAACGCCAAGUAGGCGGAGGGAGAGCGGUCAGUGUAGAGAGGAAACUCCGACCUACAGAGACACUAGAUCCAGUCAGAGGGAAACCAGGAAUAACAGGAGCAAGAGUGUGACACCCAAGCGCAACCAGAGGACUGUCACUCCAACCUCCCAAAGGUUGAGCCUCAGAAGAAGACCCCAAAAUGUUGACGACCAAGAGGACAAAGAAGAAAGCAAAGAUAUCGAGGAGGUGAUAAUAGGCAAGGACAACACAGAAGAUGACAGAUUUGCUGAAGUUGUAGACUGUGGGUUGUCUUUUAGCUGGGAGCCUGUUGAGAAUAUAGUGCCCUGUGAUAGCAUCAAAGACAGGUGGACUGAUUCAGAAAAAGAUGCACAGCCUAAUCUGAAGAGGAAAAGAAGGGAUUCGGCGUCCCAGUGCAAUGGAACGGAGAGCCCCAAACGCCACUGCGAGAGCGUUCUUCCCCUCACAGAAGAAGAAGAAGGAAGAGAUGGAGAAGCAUUCUCUGCACCCAUUUGUCACAAGGACAGUAGAGAGGAUGGCGACUUGGAGAGCUUGGAGCAUUGCAUAGUGCAGUUCACGGUGGGUGAAGACGAUGGAACAGAAGUUCUUGUCCCAGUCAUCAACCCUGAUUUGGAACGCGAAGAUUUUACUGGCAGCCCAAGACAAAGCCUAUCAUCCACACAGGACAACGGGAAUCAGAUCAGUCCCUCUGAGCCCAUUGUGCUGUCCAGUGACGAUGAGGAGGGUGGAGACGUUUCUCGGGGCUGCAGCCAAGUCUGCACACUGGUCGCUGUGGAAGACGCAGUAAUAAAGGGGCAGUCGUCACAGGAAGCUGAGGACAAACAGCAACACACUGCUGGCAUGCAGGUGUUCCAGUUAGUUGUGCACGACUCCACUCUUUCAGUGACUUCCGCUCCCAGUCUCGAUAUAGACUAUUCCUGCAUGGAGUUGGCCUUCUGUGGUCUGCACUGUGGAGUUUAUCACGGAAAAGCAAAUGGACCCAUCGCGAUAAAGGAAGAAGAAAUCAUCAUCCCACUCAAAGACAUCAGUGAGGAGCUGGAGGUGAAGUUGACCUUUGAGCGUACGGAGCUGAAGAGGUACAGUGUUUGGGAGCGACAGGAACUGGAAGAACGACAGCUGCACUUUAAGGGUGAUGAGCAGCCCACCCCUGCUGCUGUGCUGCUAUUCUGUGUGUCAGAAACUGCUGCAGCUUCGGUACAGCAGGACCUCUGCCAGCUGUCGGCCAAAAAAGAUGGAGCUGUGAACACUGGGAAAGCCAGCCCUUUCAUCCUGCUGACUCUGAGAGAACCUCUGGUGGGAAUGGAGGGAGCUUUAUUUCGCUCUCUCCUGGACCUUGUCUGUCUCAAUGAUCAAACCAAUUUAAGGCACAGUACAGACAGAUUUAGUGAGUUGGGAGACGUGUCUCCUGUUCUUUCUCUGGAUGAUAGCAUAGAGCUAAUUAAAAGAACUGGACUAGACUCUUUCCUGCUCUCCAUGCUGGGUGUGACAAACACGGACACUGAACCUGAAGAAGACAAAAAGCCCACAGCACAAAAGACAGACUCAGUUUUAGAGACAGAGAUUGCACCAGAGCCGGAAACAGAAGCUUCUUUGCUCAAACCAAAGCCUGAUCAGGAAGAACAAAAGCUUGAAUGUCCCUCUGAUAAGGAGAAAGAGGAACCGACACCUGUGUAUACAAUGUGCCAUCGUAGAACCAGAGGAUCCUACUCUGUGUCACUGUGUAAACCAGGCUCCAGCUGGACUAAAUAUAAACAUCAGGGUCUGGCUCACAGGUUGAUCCAGUUUCCUCCUCCGCCAAUGAAAGGAGGAAUCACUGUUACAAUGGAGGACCUGCAGUGCCUUGACAGUGGGCAAUACCUUAACGAUGUUAUCAUUGACUUUUACCUCAAAUACCUCCUCCAGAACGCGUCUGCUUCAAUGGUCGAGCGCUCCCACAUUUUCAGCAGCUUCUUCUACAAGCAGCUGACGCGGCGGGACAAUGCCAGUGAAGGUGGCAACAGCGACUCCUGCCAGAGACAGAGGCGGCACCAACGCGUGAAGACAUGGACACGGCACGUCGACAUCUUCAAAAAGGACUUCUUGUUUGUACCUGUCAAUCAGGAAGCUCACUGGUAUUUAGUUGUCAUUUGCUUUCCCGGACUGGAUGAGCCUAAAAUCGAGGGCUGGAUGGGAAAGUGCAGCGACGUGACGGAGGAGUCUGAGAGUCAAGAUGAUGCGCAAGGAAGUAAAAGCUUUAAUGAUGAUGUGGAGAAAUCACCUAUGCGCAGUGACAAUAUAGACACAGAGACAGAAAAUACCCAGGAAGAAUUCACCAGAGAUUCACCACCUAAUCCAGUAAGUUGUACAGAGCUGACUUGGCAAAAGAAGACAGUUUGCAAAAGGCCGUGUAUUCUUAUCAUGGAUUCCCUUAAACUUUCUCUUCAUGAACGAGUCUUCAAACUGUUGCGGGAAUACUUGCAGUCAGAAUGGGAGGUGCGUCGUGGGUCACCGAGGGACUUUGGUCCUGAUCAGAUGAAAAGCUCACACUGCCACGUCCCCCUUCAGGAUAACAGCAGCGACUGUGGCCUCUACCUGCUACAAUACGUUGAGUGCUUUUUGAAGGACCCCGUGGUGCACUUUGACCUCCCACUACACCUAGAACGAUGGUUUCCACGGCAGCAGGUGCGAAGGAAACGAGAUGAAAUCCGAGAUCUCGUACUUAACCUUUACCGACAUCAGAACCUAGAUAAUAGACUAGGAAAGCAGCUGAGCGGCUGAGCACGUCACAUUCCUGUAGCCAUUAAAAAUCACUGCUCAUACUGAGCGACAGUCAUUUCAGCGUGAACUGAAAAUAUUUCUUUUAAAGCAGAUUCAGUUAUUUUAUGCAUUAACUUGAAAACAUGUAAACCUUUGACUACCUGGGGAUCCUGUUAGUGAAUAUAAAAGAAUUGGCUAAUUAAAAAUAAAGGGCAGAAAAACAUAAAAGCAUAUCUAGAUACAUAAAUCACUCAUAGACUUUUUACUGUUUGUUUUUAUGCUGAUAACUAUUUUAUAAAGAAAUAUUAAAAUUUAAUUUUCUAUGUAGUAUGCCCAAGCAGAUAAUGUGUGAAAGCAUAACAGUGGUCAAACCUAGUUUGCAAAGUGAUAUUUUUUAAAAAAAUAUAUUUUUUAUUUCUUUUAGGAUCCCCCUUGGUUUAAUCCUUGGUUUCUUUUAAGCUAUUGUAGUUUGAAUUCAGCUUGCUGGCAUCUGGUAGACAUUUCGUGUAUUAUCCGACUGACAGUUCAGUUCAGAUCUCAGUUGUGUGUUUUUCUAAUCCAGGUAGUCCCUGAUGUUGCCUUCUUUUGUAUCAAAGUUUUAUUAGAUGAGAUUUACUUUAGCCAAAAUGUAAGAAGCGUAAGUGUGGUAUUUAAUAGACAGCAGUUUUCUUACUGAAUUUCAUUAUUAAAAUAUAUGAUUGAAACCACAGGACUGUGCCUCUCCCUCCCAGUUACAGACAGACCCGGCAGUCACCCACUUCUCUAACAAAGUCUGUAUAACAGUAUGUGUCUGUGACUCUCUGUAGAGCCCGACCGAUACUUGAUUUGAAAAAAUUCUGCUAAUCCGAUAUAUCGGUCAUCUUUUUUCUUUUCUUUGUGAAAAAUAAACAGAUUUACUUGUUUACGCUCUGCCAGCUGUUGUGUUUGUGGCGUUUCAGACAUGUUUGUUUACUUGUAUUUUCAUUUGUUCUGUGUUACAAAUGCUGAUACUCAUAUCACCAAAUGGCUAAUAUCAGCCAAUUAUUUUGGCCUACUGAUACAUCGGUCAGGCUCUACUCUUUGUAAUCCACAGGAGUCUCAGAUGAUAAUAUCUUUUUUUUGUGCACAAAUUUGCAGAUUAACGCGAGUGCAGCCUACUGUAUACUGUCAUGACAAAAUGCCAUCUGUUUGUUAAUAAGAUGUCUGAUUCUUUGAAACACAGUAGGAAAAGAAUUUCGUGCAAAAUGUUCCCCAUCAUGUUCUCGAAAUCAUUACUUUCAUAUCAAAUUGCUUCACUGGCUAGUGCUGUUAUCCUGCCGGGGGUUUGUCCUGCAGAAUUGGUUGUUCGUCUCUUGAGUUUCAUGUCCUGGUUAAUAGAUAAUUUUAUGAAUUUAACAUGAAGACACCUUGCAAAAAAAGUUUAAGGGCGCACACACGCUGGCAUGUGUAACGUUCGAUGACCUGCUGAAGACCCGUUCAGUCCUUUAUUACUGUUCUCAGUUUUCCCUUUUUGCCAGAUUGUUCAGUUGUCGUUUUCUUGUGUAACACCUUUAUGGUGUUCUCUUUGGGAAUUUUUUUUUUUUUAGUUUUGUCAGAUGAAUGUACAGAAACUGAUUCCAAAAUAUGUUUGGUUUCAUUUGUAUAUUAAAACUUGUAGAAAAAAU